AUGAGCGAACUCCAAAGCCGAGAUGCAAAUGCAUCUUCGCCUACGCAUUCCAUGCAACUGGACGCAAAAGAGCAUGGAGUACUUGACAGCAAGCUCGAGCGAAAGACCGUCCACAAAUUGGAUCUCAUUCUAAUACCGGUUAUGAGACCGUUCGAAGUAUGUGCAUCAAUCCUCGUAUUAUUCAUGUCGCACAUGGAUGCUGAUCUGCAACUUCCAACACGCAACAUACUAACCGAUGACAGCGCUCACCGUGACAUACGUUCCUUACAUUUUAGCCGAACUGCCAUCGAAUCUGAUCCUGCACAGAGUCGGGCCUCGCAUCCUUCUUCCAACCAUCUGCGUCCUUUGGGGCCUUGUCACGACAGUUCAGUCUCAAGAAUAGUCCUCUAUCUUUCUGGUUUCUAUCGACGCCACGAAUUACAGAUGCGCGUUGGCUUUUUCUUCUCGGCCGCUGCUAUGAGUGGCGCUUUCUCUGGAUUACUUGCUGCCGCGAUCGUCCAAAUGGACGGUCUUCGGGAAGCUGAACACUGCGUGAGAAGAUUGGAAGACGACGGCCCAGCAAAAGAAACCGGUGGAUUUAACGGCACCAAAACACAGCUGUUCACAGUCCCUCCAUUCGCGAUAGCUUUCGUUGCCACGAUGAUAGCCGCAUACGCCGCUGAUCGAUACAAAGCUCGCGGGAUCACAGCCAUGAUCACAUCGCUCCUGUCGAUAGCAGGCUACGCUUUGUUCCUCAGAAGCAAUUCGCCCGCCGCGCACUACACUGCUCUAUGCCUCAUGAUCACGGGAAUCUAUUCGACCUGUCCAAGUCUGAUCAGCUGGAUGCCGAAUAACGCUGCGGCGAGCACGAAGCGAGCAACAGCUGUCGCGAUGGCUUUCAUCUCCUCUAACUCUGGUGGUAUUCUGAGCACUUGGAAUUACCCGGAGUCUGCUGCGCCAGGGUACAAACUUGCUGCAAAGCUCAAUCUGGCGUUCUCUUGCAUCACCGUAGGCCUUGUCGCUUGCGAGAUUGCAUUGCUCAGGUGGAAGAACCAACGGAAGCAGGACGACCUACUGAGGGAUGCUGUUCUGAAGCCCAUUCAGGAAUUGUCUCCAGAGGAGCAAUACAAUUUGCUCGUAUACGCUCUAGCGUUUGGAUACAUUGCAUCCUUGGACGGAACCGACUGGAUCGAGUUUGGCAUCGAGGGCCGUCGAGGGCCUCUGUUCGAUCACCCAACGUUUAUUCGAUACACAUAUACGCGAUCAAAACUGCAACAUCGUCUCGAUGGGCAACUUGCUGGAGCGACCGGCAACACCAACCCUAACCCUGGUCGUAUGGGUGAUUUCAGAUCUUUUCAUGCAUUGAACUUCGUCUCAACGGCUGUGUGCGUACCUUGGAAGACCGUGUGCAACCAGCAAUUGUUCUUGCAUCCAUGGGAGUCUCUUGCAAUCCGUUGUCACCGGCAGGUCUACAUACCUACAGGAGACCCCUGCAAGGGUCUCGAGUGGUCUUUAAUUAAAUCUCGCGCGCUACUGGAGAUAGCGAAACGCGGCAAAAAGCCGGCAUUGGAUUUAAAUACCACGUCUUGUUAUUUCCUCGCAGCUGAAUUCUGGACCGCUGUUGA